UGUGUGUGUGAGUAUGAGUGUGUGUGUGUGUGUCAGGUGUUCCUAGGUGGAUUAUAAAUGCAGUCCUCUAAAGUAGAUCUGCUGUUAUAACCUGCUGCCAGCGACCAGAACCACAGCUCCCACAGGUUGUCACGUUAAGAAAAUCAACAUGAGUCCCAAACACGUCGUCUUCAAGAAAGUGUCCCGCGACAAAUCUCUGGCCGUCUACAUGGCCAAGAGAGACUUUGUGGAUCACUGCAGCUUCGUGGAGCCAGUAGAUGGAGUUGUGUUGAUUGAUCCUGUGCAGCUCAAAGGAAAGAAAGUGUACGUGAUGCUGUCGUGCACGUUCCGGUACGGCCGCGACGGCGAUGACGUGCUGGGCGUGGCCUUCAGGAGGGACCUGAUGGUGGUGACGCGGCAGGUGUUUCCCGAGCUGCAGGACCGCGGGCGGCUGACCCACAGCCGCAUGCAGGAGAAGCUGCUGCGCAAGCUGGGCGCCAACGCCUACCCCUUCUUCUUCGAGUUCCCGGACAACCUGCCGUGCUCCGUCUGCCUGCAGCCCAGCCCCAACGACGUCGGCAAGAAAUGUGCCGUGGAGUUCGAGGUGAAGGCAUUCUGCGCCGAGAACCAGGACGAGAAGAUCGAGAAGCAGACCUCAGUCCGUCUCACCAUCCGUAAGAUCCAGUUCAGUCCAGAGGUCAGUAAACUGGUCCCAGUAGUAGAAUCCACCUUCGAGUUCCUGAUGUCCGACAAACCACUGCGCCUCAAACUGGGCCUGGAGAAAGAGAUCUAUUACCACGGUGAGCCGAUCAAAGCCAGCGUUGAGAUCACCAACUCGUCCAGCAGAAACAUGAAAGACAUCAGCCUGUCAGUUGAGCAGGUCACCAACAUUGUUCUUUACUCCAACGACAAGUACGUCAAAUCAGUGGCCAAAGAGGAGACUGAUGACGCAGUGCCCAGCGGCACCAGUCUGAAGAGGGAGUACACCCUCCUGCCUCUGCUGGCCUACAACAAGGAGCGGAGAGGCCUCGCCCUGGACGGCAAGCUGAAGCACGAAGACACCAACCUUGCUUCAUCCAGCAUAGUGAAGCAGGAGGUGUUGGCGGAGGUUCAGGGGAUUCUGGUCUCCUAUAAGGUCGUGUUGAGGAUGAUCGCAUCCGGGACCAUCGGAUCCAGCGAGGUCUCUCUGGAGCUUCCAUUCAAGCUGAUGCAUCCUAAACCUGAGCCAGCCAAGGAGGGUGAAACAGAUGACAUGGUGUUUGAGGAGUUCAAGAGAGCCUACCUGAAGGGAGUGGUUGGCGACGAUGACGAGUCGCCCACUGAGGCCUGAGCGAUGAAGAUGGUCACCGUGGGGCGAUGGCUGCCCCGCCCCCCGCCGUCCCGCUGCCGUCCAGAGCCGUAGAGAAAACAGAGCUUGAGCAGCGCAGUUCCAUACUGCUUCAUGUUUUGCUGUCGACCUCCUCGUACGCUGGACUUGAGAGCAGAGAUACUAGCUAGCAUGGAUAAACUCCAAACUGAGUACUUCAGCUGUAGGUUAAACUAUAGAGCUUGUAUAUAACUUGCUAUCCUUAAUAAAAUUAACUGU